UUUUACCUGCCGAUAGUCCUCGAGGCGCGGGAGGAAACCAGGACGCUCCCUUCAGACCGCGGGAUCUACAGUGUGUCCCCGCGGGUACUCGAGCCAGCUCAGGGCCGUGCGGGAUCGGGGUCCAGAGCCCCGGGGUUGGGGCGGCUUCUGGGCGUUGGAGCCUGGCGCUAAGGAGACUAUCCAGAGGGUGACGGCGGCUGCCGGGCGCCAGUGCUAAAAUAGAAGGCCUGGCCUGGUCCCAAGAGGUCAAAGUAGAAGGGUGCCCGAGAUGGAGGAGCAGAGGCGAACUCACUGAGAGGCACAAACUGGAGAAGAGACGCCCCUUCGCCUGGACUAGGGGCUUGUCUUGAGGAGGCCCAGGGUCACUAAGGAAACACAACUAGCAGUAGUACAGGGGGCAGCCUGCGUGAUGUCACAGCAGCUGGACCACCUCAAGGUGGAGACGACGACUUUGCAUGAAGAAAGAGUUUUGUCUUUUCCAGAGUGUCAUAUAAAUGGAAUCAUAUGCUGUGUGACCUUUUGAGACCGGCUUCUGUCACCCAGCACAAUGCUUUUGAGACUCAUCCAUCUUGUGUAUUGCCACCAUCUCAAGACUCCGCCCCUCCUCAAGAGCCCAGAAGAGGAAGGAAAGGCUGCUAGGCCUGUGAUGGCCAAGUUUAGGAGCUACAAACUACUAAAGUCUAACAAGAGUGAUGGAAUGGACAACCUGGAAGAAUCAGAAGAAUAAGAGGUUUUGGUGACAAUAUGGGAAGUCUUGACCUAAAGCCAACAAAUCAACAGUAGAGCAGCAGAAUAUUUUCAAAGAAGGUUCAUUCCAAAGGAUAAAGAUGGAAGCACUUAAAAAGAGAAAGUCUAUUUUGGGAGAAACCUGGAAAUCUAGAGGCCAGUUUAAGAAUCAGCACCUAAACCAGGAGAAUUAUCUGGGACAAGAUAUAGUCACCUGCAUGGAAAUUCCUGCCAAAGAAAGAAAUAUAGAAUCUAAUGAAUUUGGAAAAGGUUUCAGUGUAAGAUCCAUAGUUGUUUCAGAGCAGAGUGAUCCUAUAGAAGAGUGUUGUCAUGAAUAUGGUACACAUGGAAAAAUCUUCAAACAAAACUCAGAUUUAAUUAUACAAAGGAAGUGUGAUGGAAAGAAACUUUGUAAAUGUAGUGAAUGUGGGAGAACCUUCAGAGACCACCCUACUCUUGUUCAACAUCAAAGUUGUCAUACUGGAGAGCGACCCUAUAAAUGUAAUGAAUGUGGAAAGGGCUUUAACCAGAGUUCCCACUUAACAAACCAUCAGAAGACUCAUACAGGAGAAAAGUCCUACAAAUGCAAUGAAUGUGGGAAGGCCUUCAGUUAUUGCUCAGUUCUUAUUCAACAUCAGAGAAUUCAUAGUGGGGAGAGACCUUAUGAGUGUACUGAAUGUGGCAAGACAUUCAGUCGUAGUACAUACCUUACUCAGCAUCAAAGAAUUCACACUGGUGAGAAACCCUAUAAAUGUCUUGAAUGUGGAAAGGCUUUUAGUCAGAGCACACAUCUUACUCUACAUCAGAGAAUUCAUACUGGAGAAAAACCUUAUGAAUGCAACGAAUGUGGCAAAACCUUUAGUCAGAGUGCACAUCUUACUCAACAUCAAAGAAUUCAUACAGGAGAAAAGCCCUAUGAAUGUAAUGAAUGUGGGAAAGCCUUCAGUGAUCACUCAGCUCUUAUUCGACAUCAUAUUUUCCAUACUGGGGAGAAACCUUACGAAUGUAAUGACUGUGGGAAAGCUUUCAGUUACUGUUCAGACCUCAUUCAACAUCAGAGGAUGCAUACUGGAGAGAAACCAUACAAAUGCAAUGAAUGUGGGAAUGCCUUUAGCGAUUGUUCAGCCCUUAUUCAGCAUCAAAGAACUCAUACUGGAGAGAAGCCCUAUGAGUGUAAUGAAUGUGGGAAGGCCUUUGGCAACUACUCAGCUCUUAUUCGACAUCAAAGAGUUCAUACUGGAGAGAAACCCUAUGGAUGUAAGGAAUGUGGAAAAGCCUUCAGCAGAAGUACUUACCUUACUCAACAUCAGAGAAGUCAUACAGGAGAGAAACCAUAUAAAUGUAAUGAAUGUGAGAAAAGUUUCACCCAGAGUUCAUUCCUUACUCAGCACAUGAGAGUUCAUACUGGAGAAAAACCCUACAAAUGUAGUGAAUGUGGGAAAGCUUUUAGUGACCGCUCAGGGCAUGUUCAGCAUCAAAGAACUCACUCUGGAGAGAAGCCCUAUGAAUGCAAUGAUUGUGGGAGAGCCUUCAGUUUUUGUUCAGCUCUUAUUCAGCAUAAGAGAAUUCAUACUGGAGAGAAGCCUUAUAAAUGCAAUGACUGUGGAAAAGCCUUCAGUGACCGGUCAGCACUUAUUCAACAUCAGAGAACUCACACUGGAGAAAAGCCCUAUAAAUGUAAUGUAUGUGGAAAAGCCUUCAGUCAGAGUACAAACCUCACAAAUCACCAGAAAACUCAUACUAGUGAAAAGUCCUAUAAAUGUAAUGAAUGUGGAAAAGCUUUUAGUUACUGCUCAGGCCUUAUUCAACAUCAGGUCAUUCAUACUGGAGAGAAACCUUUUGAAUGCAAUAAAUGUGGCAAAGCCUUCAGCCAGAGGACAGACCUUAAAAAACAUCAGAAAACUCAUACUGAGGAGGAACUCUACAAAUGUAAUGAAUGUGGGAAAGCCUUUAGCCAGAGCACAUAUCUUACAAAACACCAGAAAAUUCAUAGUGGAGAGAAAGCAAAUAGGCAUACUGAAUGUAGGAAAACCUUUAGACAAAACUCUUCUGUUCAACAUGAAAAACCUCACAAUGGAAAGAAAUCCUCUGAAUACCUUGGAAGUUUGGCUAGUAUGGAGACCCUUCCCAGGGAAACAGAAGGAGGAUCUUGAAAACUGUCAGCUACCUAGAGUGGCCACAUGGUUUAGUGGAAAGAGCACAUUUCUGAGUUUUAGAAGUCCUGGAU